CCUGCUGAGCAAGGAGUCCGAUGUGGCACUCGAUGCCAGGACCCCUGGAUCACGACCUGAGCCGAAGGCAGACACCCAACUGAGCCACCCAGGCAUCCCCGUUUUUAAUUCUUAAUACUGUUCCCUGGCUGUGUGAAGACAAGUACCUGCAUCAAAGGCUAAUGAGACUUUAGGUAACAGGCUUUAAAAAGUAGCACCAUGCUCCUCCUCUGGGUUGAGCUGCAGGGACAGCUGCUCUUUGGCCUUCAGCUGACCUCAGAAACUAGAAACACUUAUUUCAGGCUUUGUCCCAUUGGCCACUGUGGGCAGGAAUGGAAAACACCUGCCAGGUGUUGCCAUAAGAUCGACUUGGCCAACAGGAAACUUUUCUACAAGCUUUGCGGCUUAACAGUAGCCCCUCCCAACCCUGCCUUGCCUUGGCGUCCAAACCACAGCACGUGUUGAGCGCCCCCUGUGUGCGAGGCUCAGUAACCCGCAAAUAAGGGUAGCGCUACGCUUCCAGGGCUCUUAGGCAUUUUCGUGUCUUCCCAACCACCCUCCUGCUAGUACCUCUUGUUCCUAUUUUACAAAUGAGACUUAUCGACGAAAAGAACGUUGGGCCGUGGGAGAGGACACGUCCCUGUGGGUAACUGACCCUGUGACCUUGAGCAAGUCGCUAGCCCAGCGGGAGCUGAUCCUAAGCUUUCUCCCCCCGGGAACACCGUCCCAGCUCACGGUCACGAGCUCAGCCGCCGCUGGAAGUGGGUUUCGAGACUUCGGCCCACGCCCCGAGCGGCAGGCGGGGCGGGUAGAAGCGUUCUGGAGCUAGCGCCGCGCCUCCGCCGCUGAGACCUCGGAGGGGGGCGCCCGGCUCCGGAUUGGACCGAACUACGGCGCCCGGGAAGGGUUGCUUCGUGCCUCGCGAAGACGUCCCCUCCCGCCAAUCAACGCUGGCGACCCGCCCUUCUCGUCGCCGGAAGCAGCCGUUGCCCCGAGCAACCGCAACGUCCGGCUUUCCGAGUUAGCGGCGGGAAAGGCCAUGAGUAAAGGCCGGGCGGAGGCCGCGGCGGGAGCCCCCGGGAUCCUCCUGAGGUACCUGCAGGAGCAGAACCGGCCCUACAGCGCCCAGGACAUGUUCGGGAACCUGCAGCGGGCACACGGACUGGGCAAGGCGGCGGUGGUGAAGGCGCUAGAGCAGCUGGCCCAGCAAGGCAAAAUCAAAGAGAAGGUGUACGGCAAGCAGAAGAUCUAUUUUGCCGACCAGGACCAGUUUGCCAUGGUGAGUGACGCCGACCUCCAAGGCCUGGAUGCCAAAAUUGUGGCCCUCACGGCUAAGGUGCAGAGCCUACAGCAGGGCUGCCGCCACAUGGAGGCUGAGCUGAAGGAGUUAACUAGUGCCCUGACCACACCGGAGAUGCAGAAAGAGAUCCAGGAGUUGAAGAAGGAAUGUGCUGGCUACAGAGAGAGACUGAAGAAUAUAAAAGCAGCCACCAACCACGUGACUCCGGAAGAGAAAGAGCGGGUGUACAGCGAGAGGCAGAAGUACUGCAAGGAGUGGAGGAAGCGGAAGAGGAUGGCAACAGAGCUGUCGGACGCAAUUCUGGAAGGAUACCCCAAGAGCAAGAAGCAGUUCUUUGUAAGUGGUUCUCUCUCCCGUCCUCACUCCCCUGGGCGCUCCGUCCAAGGAGGGCUCAUUCACUUGUCUCCCUGCCCCAGGAGGAAGUCGGGAUAGAGACAGAUGAGGAUUACAACGUGAAGCUCCCAGACCCUUGAGUGGUCCUCCUGCAGGACGGGGGAUGGAAAGAGAGGUCCUGGGCUGGCUGCCUCCUUCAGGUCGGCUGCUUUUUUUGUUCCUGCUUUCUGCCUUUGGGCAGAGCGGCGGGGAGAGGGGCAGGGGCCAGAGUAUGGGGCGCAGGGAGCAAGCGAGCCCACAGCGGAUGGUCAGACUCCUUUCACUGGCUGCAUUCCAGUUGUUUGAACUGAAUGCUCAAUCUUGGAACAGCGCUAAAGGAAAGCAUUUGGCAAUAUUUAUUGUAAUACAAUUUGAUAUAUAAAUACUUAAUUUCCUCUGGAUAACCAAAUGUCCCAGAUGUCAACCCUGAGGAAGGCUACAGGGUAGAGAGAGGCUACUGUACACAGCAUUCAAGGAGCCCAAGGCCUUACCCAGGACUUCUCCGGGCUCUGUACCCCAGGAGGCCUUUAAAUACCUUCUCUACCCCUUCACCCUGGCCCCAGGUCCUGGGAGAAAUGCACAUGGCACGGAGAUGGCAGAGACCCAGAUACACUUGACGGGAAGGCCGGGAGUGGUUUUGAGGCCCAGUUCAUUUUCCAAAAUUGUAACUUUAGCAAAAUUGCACUGUUGGUGUUUAAAAAAUUAAAAAAACAAAAA